AUGCCAGAACGGAGUUCAUUCUUCCAGAAUAGGCAUAAACAUAUCAAUCAACAGAUUUCCAAGCUUGUAGCCGAGAAUGAUAAACUUAGACGGGAGAAUGCCGAGAUUCCUGAACUUAGAAAAAAAAUUGCUGAAGUUGAAAUUGAGAAUACCAGAAUCAAAGCUGAAAAUAUGGAAUUAAAACAAACUUUGGGAGAACAUGAAACCAGAUUCACAAAACUGGAAUAUGACGUUUCACUAAUCAAGGAAGAGAACUUGCAAGACAAGAACACUAAUAUUUUGCAGAAUCCGGUAAAUAUACAAGUACCCAUUCCCGAAAUAAAUUCUGAUGAUGCUUCUGGACAGAUAGUCUCACAUAAUGAGAAGUCUAACAGAUCUAACCACGAAGUGACUGCCUCUGGCAAUUCUGAUAUAUACGAGGAUUCAGUAAUCCCCACAUCUCCUAUUCCCGCUGAAGCUAUAUCAUUGGAAGAGAAAGAAGAAAAUAAAUUUCUGGAUUCAACAUAUAGGGAACAGUUAAUCAAACCGUUUCUUCAUACUUCAGCGGAAUCUAAAAAGACAGUGACAUCUACAUCAUGUGAAUCAAAAACCGUGACAAAAUGUCGCGAUCAAAAUAAUACCCUAGACAGUUCUGGUACCACUUCCGAAAUACUCGAAUCAGAUAAUCAAAUUGUAGAAGGUUUGAUACAAGAGAUAACCUAUGACCACGAACAGAGCAUUGUCUCUGAAAUCAAUCCUUUAUCUUCAAUUAACGGAAACAAUGAAUUCGAAAAUAAGGUUAAAAGUCUUACAGCAGAUGGCGAGAUUAAAGAUAAAACAGCAAGAUCAAAAAUAUAUAAGGAAAUGAAACCUUUUCUACCUAAUAUUACAGAUGCAAAUUUGCGUAAGAAAACUGAAAGAGCGAGAAAAAUUCUUAAGCUAUUUGGGGAAGGAGGAGUAGGUACAGAUAAGAUCAAACUCGUUACAUAUAGUGCAAGUACUAUUUCGGGAUUAAAAAAUACUCAAAUUCAGCAUAUCAUAAAUGAGGUGACUUCAAAAACCGUGACAAAAUGUCACGAUCAGAUUAAUGUAUCACCUAUUUCUCCAACUGAUAUCUCUAAUUCCCCAGGUUCAGGCGAUUUGCCGAAGGCUGAGGCAAGUAUACUAUCUACAUCUCAGCUCAAAAAGAUUUUAUUUGAAAAACGGAAUAAUCUAACCCAUGACCGUGCUUAUUUUCGUAAUAGGAUAAUGUGGGGAUAUUCUGAUCUAUAUAAAGAAUUUAGUAGUGAAAAAUUUGAUUAUUAUGGAAUUCAUGAGGCGUCAUUAUGCCCAGUAUGCAAACAAAGUCAUGAGGAAGGAAAAAGUAUAAAAGGUAGAUAUGAAGCUGGAUCUUAUUUUAUUAAAUGUGGACAACAAGAAAUCGAAAUAACUGCCAAGAUAUUAACUGAUGACUAUUGCAAAUGGCAUGCUAAUUUAGUUGAUUUACCAAGUUUUCAGACAGAAAAAAUUCGUUCUAGAUUAUAUAGAGCAUACACGGAAGAGACUGGACUCGAUCCUUGGAUAAAGUCUGAAAUUUCUGAAUCCCCACAAAGCGAAAAUGCUGAUAAUCAUAUCAUACAAGGCAGUUCGUUGGAAACUCAGGUAACGGCGCCAAACAAAAAUCGCCUUUAUCAGUAUGCCAUCGAACAUGGAAUAAAUCCCAAAGAAUUUUCAAUCAUUACAGAGGCUGAGAAAAAUAGGUGGGCCAUGGGGUGUUUUCGUGGGGAUUUGGAAAGAGAUAUACGUUUCUAUCGUGGUGCAAUAGAAAGAAAAGAAGAUCCUAGAAAAUAUCGUAAAUUUUUAACAGAUCGUGAUAGGCUGGUUGGUGAAGAGUUAUUACGUCAAGGUAUACUAAAAAGUGGUUUGAGUACUGCAUGGCUCGAUGAUCUUAUGGAAGAAUGGGAAAAAAUCUAUGCUCAAUUCACACAGAUAUCUUUUGAGGAAAAGACUUUAGUUAUACCGCGGGUAAAUAUUCAAUAUACACCAUCUAAACGACAAUUCCCAUUUUCUGUUCUACCUAAAGACCCGGAAGAAAGACAACAACACGUUAUCAAAAUGGUAUUGGAGCGUUUUUCUCAUUUAUCUUUAAAAUAUAGUAAUGAAUAUGGUGAUUACUUUACUUGUUCAGAGAUAUGUCCCGUAUGCAAUAAAGAUCAUAAAAAAGAAAAUAUAAGAUAUAAUGUAAAGGGUGAAUGGGGUAGUGGGGAUUAUGUCAAUACGAAAACCUAUCGUCUCAAAUGCUGGGAGGCUUAUCAACAUUCAAUCCAAAUAGUAACGGUGAAAGCAUAG